AUGGCAAGCAACAUUGCUUUGCCACUUCAAGAAUUCAUCGCCUCACUGGAAAACAACAGUUUGCCAAAAAUUUUGCAAGUUUGUUCUGGAGUGUAUUUUCAGGGUUCAAUAUAUGAAAUUUCUGGAAGUGAAGUAUGCUUUUCUACUGGGGAUCUCGUAAAGGUCAUUGGUAUUGAACUGCAAUCUGUUUGCUGUGAAGAUGUCACGAACAAUGAGAAGUUUGAGUUGCCAAUCACUCACACAGGAUUGUUCAAAGUGGUCCCUGAGCAGAUGCCGUACACAUCAGUCGAGGAGAUGUUGAGCCUGAGGCCUGUGGGCCUGGAUGAUUCCCUUCCUUUUACCUUCACAAGCCACUCCAAGAUGACCUUUGGCAGUCUGACGUUGGGGGCCGGCAAAGCCCUGACCGUGCUCUCUAUCGAGAAGCGCGAAGGUGAAGAGGAUAUGGUGCGUUGCCAUGUAAAAGGCCAAACGGAGGCCUCAGCCAAGGUGUGCAUUCCUCUGUCUUCUCGAGGGGAAUUUUUUGAAUGCGAGAGUGAGGAAUGCUACACGCUGAUGGAGAUCAUGACUUCGCCUUUCCUGCGCAGUCGAAGAUUUCGCUUCGUUAAGACCACAAAGUGUGAGCGGGUCCUUGUCCUGAGUCCAGUCUAUCAGGUCCAGGCCAUCAUGAACAUGAGGAAGAAUGUACUCAGAUUUCCGUCCAGCCUGGAGGUGGAUGUGGUUGAUGUCACUGACACAUGUAAAGAUGCAAACUUUGUGACACCUCUCAACCUGACAGAAGUCCUGUCUCAGCCAGACGAAUCAUUUCCUGUGGUGGCAGAGAUAUUAGAGGAACCGGAGAGCCGCUCUUUUUUCAAGUGUGCAUGGCUGCCAGGGCUGGUCAAGAGCACCAACCUGAUUUUGCACAAGAAAGGAACUACGCCCAUGGUCCUGAUGUCUAGCUUGAAGGGCCGGAAGACUCAGCAGUACUUCCUUGUGUCCCAGCAGUACAGUGGACGGUUUCGCAGAAGGCCAAGAGAGUUCAACUCAGUGUACGAGGUGUAUGUUGCUUCAACGCAGACACAAAGCCUCACGGUGAGCGUGACAAGGAACUGUGAGGAAGUCGAGGAGGAGGGUCUGCCAAGCCUCAGCGUUGGGGAGAGACUACAGAUUGUGAACUGUACUAGAAUGGAGUUGCCUUGUGUAAACAAUCAAGGUGAGAAGCAGUCUGUCGAGGCUCUUUUGUGUCAUCGUCUCCAAGAGCCGGACGAUGAGGGGGAAGAUGAAGAAGACGAGGAAGAAGAAAAGGAUCAACGGGAAGAGGCAAAAGAGGAGGUCUUACUGCCUCUCUACAUGCAGGGUCACUUUGUGGAGGUUCUUGGUGAAAACAAAAAAUAUAAACUCUGUGAUUUGGGUAAGGAGUUUAGUUUGCCACUGGAUGUCAAAGUGGUGAGUCGAGAUACUGAACUAGAGACUGAUCCAUUAGUUGGGUUUUCUUGUCUGAGAAUAGAGGGAGCAAUGCUGGAGCCAAGCAUUCAGGCAAGCUUUCCAGACAAGCCUGACCGCUGUUUCCAUCUCCUCCCCCAGUGGCUCUCUUUGUCCGUCUCUUUUACCAAGGAUGCUCUUCCUUGGCCUCAGGACCAAUUCCCCAAGUGUUUCACAGAAAAGGUUAGUGAGAUGACAGACACGUUCUUUUAUGAAUUUCGCAAAAAGGGUAACUCAGAUGAGGCUCCUCCACCUCGACCGCCAAAACGAGAUAUGUCAUCAUCAAACUUAGUCAAAAAUAAAUCUAAGUCCACAAAGAAAUCCUCCAAGCCAAAGAAAAACAAAGACAAAAGCGUACCGACGGAGAAGCUCAACGACUUGACGUUGAAUCACAAAAAACGUCCCCCUGCUCCACUGCCUCCAGAUGGUGUAAAUGAUGAACCUCCUCCGCUCGUACCGAGGAAGUGCUCAUCUGCGGAUAUCACAAGCAAAGCCCAGCCAAACACUUAUGUUAAGAUAAACCAAGCAAUAAAAAGGGACCUUCUGCGUGAUGUGGCUGCCGACGUGGACAGUGACCAUGACUAUGAAACCGUGGAUGAGACUUUGGUGGCUGUGGUUAAGAAUGCUCAAGAAAACGUGAUGUUCUAUUAAAAUUAAAGUCCUAUCUUGCAAACAUUACUCUGAACUGGAUCUGAGGUAUCCAGGGAGUGCUGAGGUUAGAAGUGACUAAAUUAGAAGAGUAGAGGCCUCUGCAUUGUUCGUGACCUUUCAAACGAUGUGAUUAUAUCCUUCAGUCUUUUAUUAUUAGCACAUAGUAAAAGUGUACUAUUACAGUGAUGAUCACUGUUGAGAACGUACCUGGGUUAUAAUUGCUUUUCUCAUAUGGUCACCAAGAUUCCUUCCUGAAUUUCCUCUUUGUUACACCAAUGAAAAACUUUAUACCAGUAUGAUCCUAUUUCACAGCAGACUCGUUUGGAGUGAGGCUCAAGCAUUUCCUCUAACCACCGAUAGCUGAAAAGAGUUACUCUGCUUAUCUCGUCAUCAUUUACAUUUGUUACAGGGUGACCUUGCUGCCAAAUUUGGCAGCAAGGCACAUUUUGAAUGUCACACCGAUGUGCUAUCAGCAGUAGUGAGUGUAAAGAUCCAAGAAAGUUUAAGAGUGCUACAUUUUGGCUGUUUGCAUAACUCCAAAAAUGCAGCUUUUAUUGAUUAUCUCCAGACUUUGGAGGUAAUUAUUUAUCAAAAGUGGGUCAGUGAGGAAUAGACACCAUGUUUUAUUGCUUUAUGGGAAGAUUAGGCACAGACCAGUGGUUUGAGUCAACAGACAAGCUACUAUAAUUUAAGCUGCUGCAGACGUCACUGCUGGUUCUGACAGCAUAUGUGUCACUCACAAGGAAGCUACUAUGAGACUGUCAGUAAAAAUGACCUAAGCAUUGUUAUAAAUAAUACUUGCCUGAUUGCUUUGGUGUCUUUAAGCGAAUAGUAUACCCAGCAAUACAGUGAGGAAUGCUCUUCAAACCAUGUGGGGAGCACAGCAAGUUUUAGAAAAUGUGGGAUUUGCGAGGAAAUCAAGUCCAGAUAAAGGAUACCUUCAGAAGUCCAGGGGUAUCUGGUAGAGGAUCAUAAUGUGUAUUUAUCACUCAAUAGCUAGUCAGACAAAUCACCAUCUAAAUUAGGAACAUGUCAAAGCAAAGAAAAUUUCCCUCACUGUUUUUGAUGGGACAAAACAUCAAAUUCUUCAAAAUCUUGCAGGGUUUUGUGGUGUCAUGCCAAAUUUCUGAGUAUGUUCUUUGAAAUUAUUGGCCAUUUCUGCUUUGCCACUCUGAUGGCUAACAUGUGGUGUUCUGUCCUGUCAAAACUUAUUAGCUUCAUCAUUGUUAAAGGGAAAGAGGCUGUUGCUUCGAAACACUUCUUUAUUUUCUUAUCAGUUGCCAGUCAUUUCACUUAUGUCCUAAGUAGUUAUUAGUGAUCUUGUGUAUAUUGUCGUUACAGCAGUUAUUAUUUAACAUUAUUCUCAGACACUGUGUCUGAAUAGUGUUCAGACACGGAGUCUUGAGGCAGCCCAAACGUACUCUGUGCUAUUGAGGUCUGCAGCUGCAAAAACCUACAGCUGUGUACAGUGGUUAUCUGCAGUUCUCAAACUGAUGUACAGAUACCAGUGGAUUUACUUGCAGACAUUUCAUUGCUACUUUAGACAUAUAGGUAUUGAAUAUUUAUUGUUUUGAAAACCUAAUUGUAUCUCAUAGUUUUGUCACAUUGUAACCCCAAAACAUGUGACUUCCCAAUAAAAAGAGUGACUAGUGUUAGAGUUUGAGAAAAAGGAAACAAGUCGGUUUUUAAUCUAAAAAUGUGGCAUGCAUUUGUAUUUAGCCACAUAAUUAAUAUUUUAAAGAUUCACGUUCCCCUACAUUUACAGCUGCAAAUCUUUUGCAGUAUUCUCCAUCAGCUUGGCACAUCUAGAGACUGACAUUUAUACCUAUUGGAUCUCAAUUGGAUCUACUGUAGGUCUCGAUCAGGAUUUAGUUUGGGCCUGUCAUUGUAAAGGGAGCACUUCUGCAAAUAUAAUACAUAAGCACCAAAAAAGUGAACAGCUUAACCAUGUCAUUCUUUUAAAAGAAAUUACUUAAAAAGCAGUUAUUGUGCAAGACAUUUUAAGAAACACAAGAUGCUGCAGUGAAUGAGGCAGUAAGUUCUGGUGGCUGUGUUGUGCUGUGUUCAGUGACCAGGCCAACUGCUAUGAAAAAUACAAGGCAAUAAAAAUUGUUCUCUGAAUGUUUUGAAUUAAAUUGUAGCAAGAUAUUCUCUAAUAAAAGUUGCAGUGUUAGAAGAGAGUAAAUUGUUGAGAUGAAGACAGCCAGAAGCACAGAUAUUAUGUAUGUUCUAAGCACAGAGCAGCCAUAUUGGACUUUGAAGUCUAGGUUGUUGUGAAAUUACCAGUUGUACAAACCGUGAUUCAGACUUCAGAUGACAAUUUACUUUUACAACCUGAAACUUGGAAAUACUGGCGUUUCAGUAUACAGAAAAUUCACAGUUAAACCACAUCCUGCAAACCUGCAGCCCCCGAGUAAUGUUUCAUGGAACAGACGAUGUCUAAGCAAAGUGACAUUGUGUUUGAAAAGUUGCUUCAGACGUUAUUGAUGUCAAAACGUUAGUAAGAAGAAGCUGACCGAGACAAGAGAUUCAGUGUCUAUGUUUUGGCUAUAUUUGGAUAUGUGCACAUUUCAACAUGAUUUUCAACAUCAUUUUCUGCGUUGCAUAGGCAUUUUCACGGAAUUCAUACUAAAAUUAUGAUUGCUUUCCUAUAAGUGUUAAGAUGUCUCACAGGUUAGUAGUACUUGGAAUACUCAGUUUUUAUUCAAAAUGUUUUUUCCCCAAAAGAAAACAAUAAAAAAGAGCAGAACUUCCUCUAUUUGGGUGAGGUGCUUAUAUAAAAGAAACAAAACAAUUGUAGCUUUCCUUUUUGCAUGAGUCCAAGAGUCUCCUGUGAAAUAUGUAAUAGCAGUAGUCAUGAUUGCUACACUGAAACUCACAAACUAAUACUAUUCAUGCGUUUCAAAAAACUUUUAGAGGAUUUUUUUUUCCUCUGUGGUGUAUAUGUUGGGAGGACUUUUGUAUUUACGUGUACGGAUCCUGUUUUACAGUGCAAUACUAAGCAAUUAUCUAUUGUAUGCUGGCCGUUUUUUGUGCAACACCUGCAAACCGUAAAAAAUUAAUAAAUAAUGAAGGCAAUAGCUUCCUCUUUAAAAUGCAAACUGCUAUGACUCAUUGAAGGGAUGUAUAUGCCUGAAAAGGUGUUUGUGUUUGUCAUUGUGCUACUGUGGCUAUGCAAACUAAACAGAAAGUAGUCGAUAGGAGCCAAACUAAACCACUUCAGAAAGUUCUAACUCUUCCCCCAACCACAAGCAUCUAUAAAGACAACAUAUUAAAACUCUGCAUUUGGUUUGAUUAAAUAUUUUAAGCUGCAAAGAAAAAUGGCAGUGAGUGCAAGGGGGUCCAUAUGACUAUUGGAACUUACAAUGUGCUUCACAACUUCUGUGUGAUCCUGAGAUACAAAUUCAUGUUGUGGUUCAGGCUGAAGUGGAGAAUCUACCUUAAAGCUAUCAUUUAAAAUGUAAUACAUUUGCACAAAACAAAAACUGUUAUGAAAUGCAUCAAGAACAAUCAAUGCAAUAAAAUGGUGAAAAGUA